UCCAAAAUGCUCAGAGUUCGAACCCAAAAUCUUUUCUCCUCUCUAACUGAAGCAGCAAUCACCAAAUUCUCUAUACCAGAAUUUCUUCUGUUAUUCUUGCUUUUCAACGCCUUUGUUUUUCGAGAAACUAGUUGGAAAUCAUCAUUUUCCUACGAUGAAGCAUCAAGUGGUACUUCCAUUUUCUUGCAUCGCAAUAAUAUUCCUCCUCCACAUCGCCCCCAUCACCGGCCAAGGUCCGGCCGGGGCUCCGGCUGCCCCCGCCAGCCCGACCAAUGUCACCGCAAUCCUCGAGAAAGCGGGUCAGUUCACCACCUUCAUUAGGCUGCUCAAGAGCAGUCUGGUGGGAGACCAGCUCAGCUCUCAGUUGAGCAAUCAGAAGUCGAACCAGGGCUUCACCAUAUUUGCGCCGACUGACAAUGCGUUCGCUAGUCUCAAAUCGGGCACGCUGAACAUGCUUUCCGAUCAAGAGAAGACCCAGCUAGUGCAGUUCCACAUCAUCCCUUCCGUCAUCUCGCUCACGCAGUUCUCGACCAUCAGCAACCCACUGCGGACCCAAGCCGGCAACACUGACAACGGCCAGUUUCCGCUCAACGUGACCACAUCGGGGAAUCAAGUGAACGUUACGACUGGGGUUGUGGCCGCAAGCGUCGACAACGCAAUAACUAGUAACAGCAAAUUGGCGAUUUAUCAGGUCGAUCAGGUGCUGCUUCCGUUGGCCAUGUUCGGGACGCCGGCACCAGCUCCAGCACCGGGGGCACCCAAGAAGGAAGUGCCGGUUCCAUCGCGUGCCCCAUCUGGAUCGGACAGUGCCCCUGUCGAUUCCUCCGAUGCAGUUGCCAAUACGUUUAACUCAAGGACAUUGGCUCCGUACGUCGUUGCUGCUACUUUGGGUGGAGUGCUGCUGUUUUAAAACCGAAUUUUUGUAUGAUACAUGAGGAUGGUCGGUCUCAUGAUUUUGUUUUCUUUCGCAUCUUGCGUUUCAGUUUCUUCUGCAAUGAGCUGUAUCAUUCAUUGAGUUUAUUCCUAAUGAAAAUCAUGCUUUGAAAAGGAA